CGUUUUAAGUGUAGUAAAUAUACUAAAGUGUAGCUGCAGAGAACACAACACAGCACCAAGAUGGCUCUAACGAGAAAGUUCGGUGGACUGUCAACUCAAUUGUUGAAAAACAGAGUAUGUUUAUUCGCGAUGGUGAGAUGUUUUUCCGAUAAACCAUUGCCAUGGAACUACCUCUGGAGCCCAGGGGAAUACAAAAAACAGGAUCAUGACAAGAUUGCUGAAAAGUAUCAUUUGCAUCCGAAGGACUAUCAACCUUAUCCUGAGAGUGAAAAUAAAUUCCUUGGUGAUUAUCCAAAGUUGCCCUUGGUAGGACCAGCUGCUAAAGACCCAUAUUAUCCAUAUGAUAUCCCGGAGUUUAGAAAAAAUUAUCACGAAACGGUACAUGACCAGUUUGAAGUAAUGGGCGAAGAUCGUUAUAGUUAUGGCUUCAAAUACAGAAUUGAUCCAGUAUUGGGAACGGUAGUAUUUUUCACUUUCAUGAUCACAGUAGGAAUAAUCACUUACCUGUUGGAGCCUUACCCAUCAUUCUCACCAAGGUUGGAAAGACAGUUUCCGCAAGAGGGUGUGGUACAUUAUACAUUUGAGCCAGCAAAUUCGAGAAAAUAAGAUGAGUAGUUUUGAGUAAAAAUAAUAGAUUUAUGUGAAAGAUAUAACAGUGUCUGAUAUAAUAUAUGUUAAUAUGACAGUUGUAAUAUAUGAAUAAUAUUUAUAUUACAACAUAUGUGUCUUAUUAAUGCAAUGUUUCUACAACAUUAAAAUUUUUCAUCACUCGUUAUUACUUCAGUUUCUCCACUUUUUCUCUAUUUGUAUUAUAGUCUUCAAUCUGUAUAUAAAAGCAAUAAAUUACUAAUAUUUUACCAGGGUUAA